AUCGAAAGUCGGUCGCAGCUCGCAGCUGUGCACGCGCUGUCAACGAGGCGUUUAUAUAUAUAAUUUUCUUUCUAAAAUAAGUGACGCACCAUACUAAUUACGCGUUUUGUGAUAUUUCUGUUACUUUGAGUGCCGGCCUUAACGAGGAGAGAAUAAAUCGAGAACUUGACGACUAUCCACUGGCUCAACGACCAUAAAAUGAGUGGCCGACCACAAAUGACUACAAUGAAUGGGAAGAGGCCUUCUUCGAUUCCUCCGAGGCAUCAGACAGAGUCCACUUCUCAGCAUCUGGAUCUGAUUAAGUAUAUAUAUGAUUCUUGGAAUUCAGUUUCGAGGGAAUUGGACACCUGUAAUUCGUCAAAUUAUAGAAAUGGGGCCUCAGUUACAUAUUAUCAAGAACGUGAACCCAAUCCACAGCUCAAAGAUUUUCAACCAUUCAAUCUGGAGACUUGGUGGGGCCAGCGAGUGGUUCAAAGCAUCACGAGAAAUGCGAGCUCCUAGUGCCAGGCCCCGCAAAUCGAACCCAACCGAACAUUCUCUCACAGGCACAAGAAACAGAAGAGAUAGGCGCUCCUGAUUUAUUUAAAUUUAGGGCUCUCGCGUCCACGCAAAAUAUCAUUUAAUUUUUUUUUUCUAUCCCAACUUUUUUAAACUCUUCCCAAUCUCUCGUAAUACGAGAGAAUUACAUGUAAUAUUGUCACUAUUUAUUUUAUCUAUAGCAGGCCUGUUCGGAAAUUUUUUUUUCUGGAGAACUGAAACUGAAAUUCAGAUAAGGGAAAAAAGCAAUAUUGAAAGCAUGAAUGAUUAGUUGGAGGAUAUGAAAAGGCACUCUUUUUAACUUGAAUCAGUCAAACAGAUUUGAUUAAAAUUUAGAGUGCCAGAAAGUCUUGAAGUGUUUGGAGUUUACGACAUUCCUUCAAAUACCUUUUUUUUUUUUUAAUCAAUAUUCGGUCGUUUCCUGUAUUCCCCUUUCGUAGUAUUUUUUUCCGAUUUGCUUUAGUGCCUUUCUAAAAAGUAUCCUUUUUUAAAAGAAGUGUUGAUCUAUUUAUUUAAUUUCUGAUUUUUAUUUAUCAAUUAUGCAUACACAGAGAAGACGAUGCUUUUUACAGUCAUAAAAAAAGUCGCUCACAGCUUUUUUCUUCGAUACUGAGAAGUCAAUAGAGCGCUCUCACGCUAUUGUAGACUUGUUGAUGAAUUUUUCCACUCUAGUAGUAUAGCAACAGGUAUCUGCAACAGUAUCUGCAUUACCGACUGAUGGUAAUACAGAAUUUUACUUUAUCGACCGAUAGUAAUAUCAACUGAUGGUAAUGCAGAUUUCUAAUUUGUCUUCAGUCGGUAAUGCAGUCCUGCAGCUAUACUACUCUCGCGAUUCGCUUUUUUUUUUUAUUCUUCCAGAAAAUGUUGUGCCGGACAGAAUUUUUACAGUAAUUGCUACGCCGUUUUCAGAUUUAUACCAGAAAUUUGUUUGUUUGAACUGAACUCAAUUAAAAAUGACAUAAUCACUUUCGCAUUGCAAAUAAGGAUCGAUACGGAAAUAGUGCCUUCGUCCUUGUUUGAAUGCACAAAAGUGGAAAGCUAGUGCGUUGUUUGUAAUAAAAUAUUGCACCUUCUAGCGCGACUGAAAAUUGCUACAGGUUCAAGUAGUUUUAAUGUAAGACUAUUAUUUAGAUGGGUGUACACCGACAUUUUGUACUAUUGCAGUACUCGCAUAGUUACAUUAUUAAUAAUUUUUAAGGCUAACCAGAUAACGUUUCUAAUGACAAACAAUAAUAUCUAAUGUCUUGUACAGUAA